CAUGGUGGUGUCAAGGGGGUGGGGGGGUAUGGUGGUGUUCAGGGGGUGGGGGGUGGGUACGUGUUGGUGGUGGUGAUGUCAGUGUCCGGAGAUUCGAGUCCGCGAACGUUGGGACCGCAGAAGGAAUGGAACCUCCUCCUCCGCACUGGCGCGUUGCCUGCGUGUCGAUCACCCCGGCGAGUGCGCAUGCGUCAACGUAUUGGCUUCUUGUUAUUGCCGUGUGCCCGGUACACCUGAAGGCGGAAGCCCCGUCUCGAGUCAAGGACGACUGGAGCAGCGGCUGCCAGAGGCGAUGGCGAUGCCCGAGGCCCCCGGGGAGAAGCUGCGGUCCCCGGCGAGGGGCUCCCCGGCGAGGGGAUCCGCGGGGGGCUCCGCCGUGGCGGCGGCAUCGUCGCCAUCGUGGCCCCCCGCGGAGGCCGUGGAGUGCCGCGUGUGCGGGGACCGCGCCUCGGGCUUCCACUACGGCCUCCACGCGUGCGAGGGAUGCAAGGGCUUCUUCCGCCGCACGCUGCGCCUGGCGCUGGUGUACCCGCGGUGCACGCGCGCCUGCACCGUGCACAAGAACAGCCGCAACAACUGCCAGCACUGCCGCUACCAGAAGUGUCUGCGGCUCGGCAUGUCACGCGACGCGAUUCGGUUUGGCCGCAUGCCGCCCAGCGAGCGAGACCGCAUCCUGGCCGAGACGGCGCCGGAGGCGAGCGGCGGCGCUAGCGGCGGCGCUGGCGGCUCCGGCGACGGCAGCGGCGUCGAGAGCGGCGGCGAGCAGAGCUCCCCGUCGCCGGCCGAGGACGGGGAGGAGGCACUGGCGGCGCUGGCGGCCCACGUGCAGGCCGCCUACCGCCGCACGUUCCCGCUCACCAAGGCCAAGGUGGAGGACAUCCUCCGGGACCUGGAGUCGGUGCUCAUCGUUCGGGACAUGCGCUCCCUCGAGGAGUUCGGCAGAAGCAUCGGGCUGACUCAGCUGGUGGCGCCGAGCGAGCGCGACCCCUCCAUGGAGGCGAUGCUCCGGGAACAGCUGCAGGCGGCGCCCGGACAGGAGCCGGGCGCGGCGGCGGCGGUGGCGGUGCCAGGCGCGGUGCAGCUGGUCCACUUCUUCAACCGGUUCCAGUACCGCAUUGCCGACGUGGUGCGCCAGGUCACCGAGUUCGCCAAAGCCAUCCCGGGGUUCGGCGCCAUCGACAUCAACGACCAGGUGACGCUGCUCAAGUACAGCGUGUACGAGGCCAUGUUCACCAUGAUGGCGGGACACGUGCGCGAGGACGGCAUGCUGCUGGCGGGCUGCGGCGUCUACAUCUCGCGACCCUUCUACGACGCCAUGCGCAGCAGCUUCCACAGCAGCGACUCCAAGUUCGAGUUCUCGCAGCGCUUCAACGCGCUGGGCCUGCUGGACGACGACAUCGCCGUCUUCCUCGCCGCCAUCAUCCUCUGCGACGACCGUCCGGGCCUGGUGAAUGUGGCGGCCGUGGAGCGUCUCCAGAUGCGCAUGCUGCAGGCGCUGGCGCUGCAGUUGCGCCGAGCACACCCGCACUGCCCCUUCCUCUUCCCCAAGCUGCUGCAGAAGCUGGCCGACUUGCGCGAGCUCGUCACGGAGCACGUGGACUUCGUGGAGACCUACCGGCGCACGCAGGCGGGCGCCAAGCUGCACCCGCUGCUGCUGGAGAUCCUCACCGACAUGUACUGAGAUGCUCGCCGAUAUUCAGACUUGUACCGAGAUACUCGCUGAUACUCGCUGAUACUCACCAACUUGUACCGAGAUACUCGCUGAUACUCGCCGACUUGUACCAAGAUACUCACCAACUUGUAACGAGAUACUCGGCGAUACUCGCCGUUGUAUACUAAGAUACUCGCUGAUACUCACCGACUUUAAAUGUAUUCUUGUUGAUGUGCACAGACAUUUAAAUGUAUUGGAAUACCCAUCGACAUGGUACCGAGAUGGUCCUCAUGGAUACGUCGUGGAGGGCAGGGUGGGGGCGGUAGUGGCACUCGGCACGACGGGGCAAGGUGGUCCUCGGUUCGAUUCCCGACUCGGGCACUGCUGUUUGUAUGAUCUCCCCCUGGUCUGUACGGGGUUUGCUCUCAUAGCUCACAACAAAAACGUGGAACUGGUAUUGGACCAUACAUCACAAUGGUGAAAAAUUACCUGCCAAUUGAGAUUGCGCGCUCCUGCAAACACUUGGCAGGACCCUGCUGAAAGAGCGUCGAGACUCGGCAAGGCUCUCCUGAGUAAGCGAGCGUAAGUCAACAAAGUCCGACACGAUGGGAACCGAGCUUGCGCACACACGCACGUGUUAACACGCACGUGUGUUAACACACACGUGCGUGUUAACACGCACGCCGCCGCCCUGUGCCCCAGUGGCACCUACUGCUGGUGGGCAGAGGCCUUUGUCUCUCCGGGUUGCCGGUGGGCACCAGGUCGUAGCCACCUACUGUAGUCGGAGUGGUACUGAAUGUGGUGUGCCGGGUGACGUGUGGCAGGAGAGGCGACUGGCAGAUGUUCCACCACGACCGCCGCUUGGUCUGUGCCGGCGCGCGAGUUGAGGGGUUGACGGCGUUGGCAGUAAUCCCUUUGGCUCCGCUCCAUGAUGUUUUCACAUCCUCUCGACACGUCCUUCUUUGCGUCUUCCUGAUCUGUAGUAGUCGAAUUAAGAGCACAGCAGCCCUGUGUCAAGUAAUCCACGGCUGGAAGAAGGCCUCCGAUGGAACGGACUUUGCCUACUGGUCGACGUUGCUGCGUCGGGCCGGUGACCGCCACAGGAGCUGCCACGGCCGAGGGUUGAGACGCCGGCAAGCACCCGACCCCACCGCCGCCGGUCUCACAAGCCAUGGCAAGACACUCCACAGAAGCCCCUUUUAUUAAACCAACCCUAUACAUGGAACUGUUAGGAUCACACCACGAAUACUAUAAACGAAGAUUUCACCGCGAACACGGCGGCCGCUUCAUGGUAAAACGCAGGCGCUUCAGAAACACAGCAGCAGCGACGCCAAUAAAAGGAUAAUCACCACCACAACUCGCAUGCAGACACCAUGCCACUAUGUACAAAGUUUACACAGACCACCUUCCAGUUCGUGAACCUCGUUUGCUUUCGAACAUCUUUUCGUUGAAAAGUAUGAAAUAAAAACGCACUUAAUUAUC